AUGCCCCGCCCACCGCUCGCGCAGAACCGCACGAUGGCGAUCCUCAACGCGGCCAAGGCCGGAGGGUACGCCAUCCCCGCGAUGUGCUGCUACAACAUGGAAUCCAUCAUCGCGACGGUGCGCGCAGCCGAAGCGGCCAACUCCCCCGCCAUGGUUCUGCUCUUCCCCUGGGCCAUCGAAUACGCCGGCGACGCGCUCGUCAAAGCCGCUGCCGAAGCCGCGCACUCGGCCUCCGUCCCCGUGUCGCUGCACCUCGACCACUGCCAGACCCCCGAACUGGUCCGCCGCGCGGCCAACAUCGAGCCCGGCUUCGACAGCAUCAUGUGCGACAUGAGCCACUACGAGCGCGACGAGAACCUCGCGCUCACCGCGGAACUGGUCAAGUACUGCCACGAGCGGGGGAUCGCAGCCGAAGCAGAACCGGGCCGGAUCGAAGGCGGCGAGGACGGCGUAGCCGAAACAGCCGACCUGGAGGGUCUCCUGACCACCCCCGACGAGGCGGAGACCUUCGUCAACACAGGCAUCGACCUGCUCGCUCCCGCGUUCGGCAACGUGCACGGCGAGUACGGCCCGCGCGGGAUCCAGCUGGAGUAUGAGCGGCUGCAGGCGAUCAACGAGCGGGUUGGGGAGCGCGUGAGGCUGGUACUGCACGGGGCGGACCCGUUUGAUGAGGAGAUCUUUCGGAAGUGCAUGGCGGCGGGGGUGACCAAGGUCAAUAUCAAUAAGGGCAUGAAUAAUCACUAUGCGCGGGUGCAGGCGGAGAUGCAGGGGAAGCCGUUGACACGGGUGAUUGAGGCGGGCACGGAUGCGAUGCAGGAGGCGAUUGAGCGGUAUUGUUUGUGGUUGGGGAGUAAGGGGCGCGCGGGGGAUGUCAAGGCGUAG